GUCUAUCUAUCAUGUGACGGGGUAAAGCAACUGCAUAUAAAGCGAAGGACUCAGGAACUCAGAGACAUUCAUCAUUAUCUCCUCUACAGACGACCAAAAGUGUUGAUUAACGAGACUGCACAGGCCAUGAUGCUCGGGAGCUUGCUGUUUGCCGUGUGCUGUAGUGCAGCACUGGCCCAUUUCAACACAAAUCUAGACCAGAACUGGGAGUUGUGGAAGAAAACUUAUAACAAGUUUUACUCCAGUAAGAAUGAGGAACUGAGCAGGAGGGAGUUGUGGGAGAGAAACCUUGAACUUAUCACCAUUCACAACCUGGAGGCCUCCAUGGGCCUGCAUUCAUAUGACCUGAGCAUGAACCACAUGGGUGACAUGACAACAGAGGAGAUUCUGCUGUUACUGGCCACAACUCGCAUCCCUCAUGACUUUAAGAGGCAAACAGCAGGAUUUGUAGGCUCUUCUGGAGCUGCUGUCCCAAACUCUGUGGACUGGAGAGCUAAGGGAUAUGUCACCAGAGUGAAGAACCAGGGCAAUUGUGGUUCAUGUUGGGCAUUCAGCGCCGUUGGGGCUCUUGAAGGUCAGCUGAAGAAGACCACAGGAAAGCUGGUCGAACUCAGUCCUCAGAAUCUGGUGGACUGUUCCUACAGUUACAGCAACAGGGGCUGCAGAGGUGGUUUUAUGUGUUCUGCCUUCCAGUAUGUUAUUGAUAAUGGCGGAAUAGACUCAGAGUCGUCUUACCCUUAUAAAGGAGUGCAAGGACCAUGCAGAUACAAUCCAUCCAAGCGUGCAGCAAAUUGUACCAGCUACUAUUAUGUCCGUAAAGGAGAUGAGGAGGCCUUGAAGCAGGCUGUUGCUAACAUUGGACCUAUUUCAGUGGCCAUUGAUGCUUCCAGAACUCAGUUUCACUUUUACCACAGUGGAGUUUACAAUGAUCCAUCCUGCACCAACAAGACAAACCAUGCAGUGCUGGUUGUGGGAUAUGGUGCACGUGCUGGACAGGACUUUUGGCUGGUCAAAAACAGUUGGGGUACCACAUUUGGGAAUAAAGGCUACAUCCGUAUUGCCAGAAACCAGAACAACAUGUGUGGUAUCGCCUCAUACGCCACCUAUCCGGUUAUGUAGCCGAAAUCUAUAAAUAUAUCAUAAUAACAUUGAAUUUUAAAUGAUUUUUCUUUUUCUUUCUUUUUUGACUCAUAAAGCUUUACCGUUUUUUCAACUGCUUACACACAUUUUCAAAACUUUACACACAAAAUCAAGAAUUGCACGCACAAAAUGCAAAAUGACUCACAUGUCUUGCAAAACGAUGCACUGCAUUCAAAAUAUUACAAAAACAUCUCAAAAGCAAACAUUUGUCUUAAGUUGCAAACAUCUUUGCCAUAAUAUUAUAUUUUUGGAUAUAUCAUAUACACACAGUUAUUCAAAACCUAAAGCUCUUCUUUCAUGAGCUCCUAUGUAUAUUUCUGUACAAGAUUAAAAGUAAUUGGCUGAGAGAUGUUGAAAAAUUCAUGGUAAACACAAAAGCAAGAUUGAAAACAAACUAUUUUUUAAUGACAGUUACUGUACUGAAAUGCAGAAUCCUGCACUUUGUAUAUAUGCCAUUUAUCCAUUUAAAGAGUACAAAUUUACACAUUACUGGGAUGUUGAUUGAAAGAGACUGAAUUAGAUUCACAGCUAAACAGUUACACUGACACAUUAAAACAUCAUUGUGAUACAGAAAAGAAAAAGACAUAUGGGCACAUAGGUGAAAAUACAAAAUUAGAAAUGCACCAAAGCCACUGAGAAAAACUGUAUAACUUGACCUGUGGCCUAUUUAUAGUCUUAUUCUAAAGCCGUAAUUAGUUGGUGUUAAGCAAAGCAAUGAGUGUUUGCACACGUGAGGGCUUAGUGUGAGGCACUGAUGAAUUAGUGUGGCAUUUUAAAAGGUUGUUGAAAAAGGCAAAUCAAGAUACUUCCUGUUAGAUUCUUGUGUUUUACAUAAAGAAUUGUGUGCUGUGUGUUGCAAAAAGUGUUUUUAAAAAGUAAAGAUUUUGUAAGCAGUCGAAAAAAACUGUAAAAGGAAAUAUGCAUUCCCUCUAUUCAGUAUUUUUACAAAUUACUUGAUUUUAUUCAGCACAACAUCACAACGAACAGUUUUACAUGAGGUAUUAAAGGAUUUUUCAAUUAGCCACAUUCAUAAGGUAACAAGGGAGAGAAUGGCAUGUGAAGGAAAAUUCUAACUUCUUUUAACUUCUAACCUGUAGUAGUGUUGCAAUCAUGAAAUAUGGACAAGCCAUCUGUCUGAAAACAGUAAUCUCAUUAUUUGGGGAACAAGCUGAUUUACCAUACAAGUUAACCAAAUAUUUUAGAGGAGAAUGAUGUAAUGUGAAAUGCUGAUAUCUUUGCUAUGUACUUUUCCUAUAUAAACUGUUGUAUCCUUAUUACUGGGGGAUUCUUUGUGAUUGGUGUGAGGUCCUCCCA